GAAAGGAAAGGCGAUGAUAUUUUCAUCAACUCGUCAUCUAAAAAUCUAAAUGAUCUACUAAGUAAUAGUACUUAGUAAGUACUACAUACUCGUAAUUAAUUGAUUGAUCUAUCUAAUUGACAAGGCUCGUUCUUUCCUUCGGACUUGUUGUAUGUCAUAAAUAAGGACAAUUUAGAAAGGACAGACUGAAAAAUGGCUGGCGAACAGCUCAAGGCUGCGGCUGGGAUAUUGAUCUACCGUUUUCUGGGAGAGUUUCAAUAUCUCCUUCUUCAAGCGUCGUAUCAAAAUUUUCACUGGAGUCCACCAAAAGGUCAUGUAGACCCUGGUGAGGAUAAAAUGCAAACAGCACUUCGGGAGACGGAAGAAGAAUCCGGGCUUGGCAAAGAUCAAUAUGAUAUUGACACUAAUUACCCUCCGUUUGUGUUGAAGUACAUGGUCAAAGAAAAACCGAAAACUGUAGACUACUGGAUUGCUAGACUGAAGAAUCCUCAGGCUUCUAUCAAGCUGUCGGACGAGCAUAAGGAUUAUAAAUGGGUGAACAUGGAGACUGCCUUAACAUUGACUCAUCAGGAUUUGGGAGAUGCUAUCAAAGCAGUUGAUAAAUAUCUUAAAGAAAAGGAACAUUUCAGCAGUUAAUUGUCCAUGCAUGGAUUAAAGUUUGAAUGAAAUAAAUAUUCAAAAGUUAAAAACUUAA